AUGGCUGUUACUGGGGCUGAGAAUGUUAACACGGCUGUUACUGGUGCUGACGAUGUUGACACGGGUGAUACUGCAGCUACAAAUAUUGACACGGCUGCUACUUCUGCUGAAAAUGUUGAAACGGCUGCUACUGUUGCUGAGAAUAAUGUUGACACGGGUGCUACUGAGUCUGAGAAGGUUGACACAGGUGGAACUGCUGCUGGGAAUGUUAAGACGGGUGCUACUGCUCCUGACGAUGUUGACACGAGUGCUACUGUUUCUGAGAAGGUUGACACAGGUGCUACUGCUGCUAGGAAUGUUGACACGGGUACUACUGCUGCUGAGAAUGUUACUACAAGUGCUAGAGCUACUGCUGCUGCGAAUGAUGACACGGGUGCUACUGCUGCUGAGAAUAUUGACACGAGUGCUACUACUGCUGAGAAUAUUGAUACGGGUGCUGCUGCUAAGAACGUUGCUAGAGGUGCAACUGAUGCUAAGAAUAAUGUGGACACGGCUGUUACUGAGAAUGUUGGCACGGGUGCUACUUAUGCUGAGAAUGUUGACACAGCUGCUAAUAAGAAAUGUUGA